UUGACAAAUGAUUUGUUUCCAAACAUUUUCAAAGAUACUAAAAUACCCAGUUGUGAAAGCUGUCAAAUCAUUCUUAGUUCAACUUUUCACGAAACCAGUCGACUUUUGAACGACUUCUUAUUGACAAACAUCCUCAGAAAUGUCCUUUUCCGGCAAGGUCCACGACCUGUGCCGUGUUUGUGCCGUUCCGUUCGAAAGCUGCACCAUGAUUCGGCUGUUUAACGAACGGAACGAGCCGCUACCCAUAGCGGAAGCCUUCUGGCGAGUGUCGGAAAUCGAGAUCCAGGUGGAAGAUUCAAGAUUUCCGCAAAGUUGCUGCAUCCGGUGCCGGGACCGGUUGCAGGAGGUGGAGGAUUUGAGGGCGCUGUGUUUGGAAUCGGACCGGAAGUUGCGCAAAAUGAUUGGCCUGGGCUUGAACGAGGAGGAAGAGGGCGAGGAUGUCGGGAUGGGUACGGUAGAUGUCGUUCCCAAGAUUGAGAUACACGAAGCAUCCGGAUCUUACUCGUGGUGGGAUGAUACGGCAAACAGACAUGAAUCUGAUGAAGAAGAAAACGGAACGGAAGAACUGCCUAAAGUCAAGCAAUCCAGAAAAAGCAAAAAUAUAGCAUCAGAAAAGACGUCAUUUGAAUCUCAUGAUACUCAUUUUGAUCCAAACACUGUAGAGCAGACACCAAAAAGGAAGAGCAAGAAACGAACUCCUAAAACUCCAGAAGCAGGCAAGGAUGGGGCGACACCAAAGGAAAAACCUUCCAGAGAUCCUAAGACAUUUCAGUGCACGCUGUGCGGCAAAAUCUACAAGUCUAGCAAAAACCUGAAAGAGCAUGAAACGAGCCACUUUCCGGACAGAAUGAACCACAAAUGCCACAUUUGCUCACAGGAGUUUGCCCGACGAAACUACUAUUUAGUGCACCUUAAAAUGCACCAAACGGAGAACCAAUUCAAAUGCAACGAAUGUGACAAAACCUUCAGUUUGGAUAAGCUGCUGCAGGAGCACAUUAGAAUCAAACACCGCGGCGAGCGUCCCUUCCAGUGCAAACUGUGCCCGAAAACGUAUCCCCGUGCUUCUACGCUGUUCAUGCACGUCAAGACGGUCCACGAGAAGAUCCGGAAAAAGUUGUACCGAUGUGAGAAGUGCACGAUGUCGUUCGUGAACAAAACCGCCUACGAUCGCCACAUGAAUGGCCGCCACAGGGGAAUAAAGUUGCACCAAUGUCCACAUUGUGGGACCGAUUACGAGUUCAAGGCGUACGUGCAGCAGCACAUUGCCGAGAGACACCCGGAAAUGGUGGAGAAUCUCAGUACGUGUCAGUACUGCGGGAUGGGAUACAGCACGGACGGAUACUACCGGAAGCACAUCAUCAAGAAGCAUCCGGAGCAUUUGGAAGUGUUUGAUCAGUGGGUAAAAGCGAAACCCGUCAUCUUCCUGCAGGUGGCCGGAAUCGUAGCGGAUUCCAGACUGCCGAAAAGUUGCUGCUCUCGUUGCCGGAACCGGCUGCAGGAGGUGGAAGAUUUGAGAGCGUUGUGUCAGGAAUCGGACCGGAAGUUGCGCAAAAUGGUUGGCAUUGAGGUGAAGGAGGAAGAGCCGGAUGAGGAACUCAAUGGGAGUGGUAUUGAGGCUAUUCCCAAGGUAGAGAUGAUUGAACUGCCGGAAACGUACUCGUACUGGGAUGAUGCGGAAAACAGGUUGAGCUCCAGUGACAACGAUAGUGAUCCGGAGUAUGUGGCAAAAGAGGGAAAAGUUCGGAAAACAAGAAGCAGAAAGCAAGUGAAGGCCGAAACAAACAGACCCAGCAAAAAUCUACGGAGAUCGACGCGAGAAAACCUCUCAAAACCAGAAGAAUCACCAGAGAAACCAGAAAAGGAGCCCAUUACUGAUGGUGGGACUGAAAAUCAAGAAUCAGAGCACUCCUCAGAUGACUCCGACGGAGACGAUAGUGAUCCUGAUUUUCAAGAGGAGAAGCCACCGAAUACCGCAAAGAAACUUAAAAAAGAUAACGAAAAACCGAAAGUAGAGAGAAAAAAGAGAACUUCUGAGCCCAAGCAAAAGCUGCCCAAAGAAGCGAAAAUAUUCCAGUGCGCAUGGUGCGGCCGCUUCUUCAAAACCAAUCACAACCUGAAGGAACACGAAACAACUCAUUCGUCGGACAAACCUCUCAAAUGCCACAUUUGUCCGAAGGAAUUCGCCCGACGAGAUUACUACAAACGCCAUAUUAAAAUGCACGAAACCGAGGGCAAAUUCAAAUGCAACGAAUGUGACAAGGCGUUCCACUGCAACAAGCGGCUGGAGAACCACGUCAGCGUAAAGCAUCGAGGCGAGCGGCCAUUCCAGUGCACAUUGUGUCCGAAAACGUACCCCAGCGCAUCGUCCCUGUACGGACACGUGCAAACGUUCCACGAGAAGAAGCAACCGUUCAAGUGUGACGUCUGUUUGCGCACCUUUUACUCCAAGUACAUCCUGGAUCGGCACAAGAUGAAGCACAAGGGCAUCAAGUCCAGCCAGUGUCCGCACUGUGACAAAAAGUACGAGUCGAACAACUAUCUACAUCAGCACAUUGCCGAGCGGCAUCCGGAAAAGGCGGGAGAUAUCUCGCGCUGUCUGUACUGUGGGCUGGGCUACACCACCGAUAGCCACUACCGGAAGCAUGUGGCCAAGAAGCAUCCGGAGCAUUUGGCUGAGCUGGAUCAGGUUUUGAAAGCGAAACGAGAUGCACUGAAUAAUUUUAAUUGAAUAAACUUAGAUCUGUAAGCGAGGAAGCUUUGUUUUAA